UUUUUAUAGAUGAUGGCGAGAGAUUUUGUAAUUCAACACCAAUAUUACAUCUUAAAUCACUUCCAAAGGACUGUCCACAAGAUGGUGAAACGCCCUACCAUUAUGAUGUUAAGAAAUGCCUUGGAAAUCCAUGUAUUAAACGGCCAAUAACAGACAAAGAAGAAUAUUGCUGUGGACCAAUCAGACAGGAACUGAGGACAUUGACAUGUAGUUCUUACACCAUUGACAUUGCAGAAACUAUAGAGUGUGGUUGCAAGAUAUGUAACCAAGUUGAAGUAGAUGGAAACGUUCUGACAUCUGAUCCAAAAGUAUAUUUGAGUGGAUAUGUACAUGAUGUACUAGACAAAGGUAUACCUCUUAGAUUAGGUGAGAUGUUUCUCUUUGAUGAAUUAGUAACCCACACUAGUUUUACAGGUGAAUUUAAGUUUCUUGUGCCAAAAGAUGUAUCCCGGCUCGUUAUUACUGUAAAGGAAGGCUUCCAAAAACUGAACUUCAUUGAAACUACCAAAACAAUUUACAUCCCAAAUGAUUUUACAGGAACUCUCUAUAGAGAUAUUCCAAUGCUUAGAAAGAAUACAAUAGUUGAAAUAUCUUCUUCUGAUAUCAACACAUUAAGCCUAACAAACACCAGUUCGAACACAUCGCUUGCCGAGGUGAUCAUUCCCGAUGGAGCAUUUUAUAGCAAGGAUGGGACAAAGUAUAAUGGAAAAGUUCAGGCAAGUGUAAACUUCCUUGAUCCAACAGAUAUGGACAGCAUAGACACCAUGCCUGGAGAUCUGACAUUUAUGGACAGCAAUGGACAAACAGCAAACCUACAGACCUUUGGUAUGUUUCAUAUGAGCUUUGAAGAUCCUGCUGGAAAUGAGCUAAACAUCGAAGGUGAUGUUGAAAUGGCCAUAAGUCCAGAACGAUUAGGAGCAAAUGAUACCACGAAUGUCAAGCUUUGGUCUUUCAAUCCUUCUUCAGGAAGAUGGGAGCUUGAAGGCUCAUUAAGAAAAGGACUCUCUAGAAGGAAGAAGCGAAGUCGAUCUCAGUUUGAGAGGGAGUUCUUCAUUGGGAACAUGACGAUAGUAGGAAGAUAUUGGUACAAUUUUGACAGGGUCAAUGAAGACUACUGUUUUGUUAAUAUUAAGGCAUAUGAUAGUGAUAACAUGACCACACAAAUACCACCAGCUUCUACAAAUGAGCCAACUGUAAUUGCACGGGACAGGGCAGAGACAUGGCAGCACAUAACUGGCAAACAAAGCUUUGUUCAUGUGAAUUUUAGAGAAGUUGGGUCCAAUGGGGACUGUGUAUUAACUAUGUGCGAGGCUGACCAUUUCCAGGGAUACCUAACAUUUAACACAAUUGAUGGACCACUUCAUGGCUCAACUACACUUGGGGGACCAUCAGUCCCUGGUGUGACAAAUGCAUGGGCAGAAAUUCGACCAGGGGCUGAUCAAUACACAGUAUUGAACACAACAGUCAGCCCAUUGACAACAUCAGGCCCUUUAUAUGACAGCCAGACAUCAAUAUGUUAUGAUGAAGACAGUGAAUUAUGUAUGUAUUGCUCUAACCUAGUUGAGAAGAUACCAGAAUGCAUGAAAUGUGACCGGGUAGCCUGUAAGCAUUCAUAUACACAGGCUUAUAUCAAUUGUGUGACAAGUGAAAAUAAUAACUCUCAUUAUAGAUUCUAUAGAUCAGCAGACACUUUAGUUGAAUAUACAGCAUGUACCAGUUUGCUUGAUUGUCCUGGUGAAAACUCACUCUUUCCAUUAGCUUGGUUUCCAAAUGCUCCCUUUGUUCACUGGGCCUGGUUUAUCAAGGUUAGAGUUGAAGUUUGGAGUAAUGGUGCAAAUGGUGGAACACUACAUCCAGAUGAAUCAAAGGUUGUUGUAUCAAGCUACGGAGGUAAGCAUGCUGAAACAAUGAACAGGCUCUUUGGCAGCAGAGAGGAUGUGACAAAAGAUAAGACUGUAUGCUUGGAAUACAAGGGAAGUGGGGACAUUUUUACAUCAACCUCUCAGCAAGAAUCUGAUGAGACUGUUAUUAAAGUAGUGGCUGAAGGUACAGAUUGUGUUUAUACUAUUACGACUGGGCUACAACAAUACGCUCACGGUGAAGCAACAGCAACAUUCAAACUACCAGCUGGAAUCAUACAUGCUGGGGAAAGUUCAGGACUAUACUUUGAUGACAAUUCAAACAUGGACACAGCGAGACAUACAGCCAAAGCUGCAUGUGAAUGCAGUGAAGCACAGCAUAACAGUGUACAGUGUGAUACUCGAAAGCCAACAACAGGAUAUGGUAUUCUUAUUAAGUGCAGGAGAGCAUAAGAAGGAACAUUUAAAAUAGUACAUGGGUACUAAUUGUUGCUUAACAUGUACAUGGUGUCAAAUAAAUAUGUUCUCCCAUUGUAACUUUAACAUCAACAUAAUGUUGUAUUGCUUUUUAAUCUGCAAGAUAUCUGGAUUGUUCUUUAGCACGUUAAAACUAGGCUUCAAGGAGCAACUCAACAAGAAGUUUCAGAUGACUAGCUCAACUAGAUGCACUUUUAUGCAUAAAAGUUCAUACUCUUGAAAUUAAGGGGGAGAACAUAUUUGUUUAACACCCUGUAUAUAUACAUUAAUAUUUUAUGGUGUGUUGCUUUUCUAUGUGAACAUAUUGUAAAUAAUAUGGGUAACUAAAGAUACAUUCAUGUAUACAAGUCUUGGUUUUUCUUACUAGAACCUUUACUAAAUGUGCAAGUGUAUUUAUAUCCAAUGUACAUUUAAGGAUGUG